CGAACAGUGUCCAAAUGUGUAAAAUCAAGUGUAUAAACAGAUGAUACCAAAGAGGGUAUUAUUAAUCCCUCCCGAUAAACCCACAAGUUUACCGAAAGAAAUACAGAAACCGAGUCAAACCGAUUGGGAUUCGCCGAGCUCCUAUACCGGCACAGUGAAACGUCGACCGCCCUCCAUCGAAUCACCGAAAACACCAAUUUCAUACGAUGAUGUAUCAAGCGACAGGCCAACCAGUGUGUGUAACAUCAUUCAAAAUGCAAAAGAUGAUGAAAUAUCGCCCCAGGAAGUUGUACAAGGAAAUGAUAUUGCUGCUCAAAAAAGGAAAGGAAGCAAAUUAUCAGAACGAAAGCGACAUAUUUCGAAUGAAUCACAGUCUACAGUAGGUACAUCCGACCGAAUAGAAUCAAAGCCAAUUAUUUCAACGCUCCGUAGAAAAUCGAAACUAAAACUUCCUUCAAGCAGUGCUAAUCAGAACUGUAAUUUAUUACCCUCAACAUCUACAGUGAGUGUUAUUGUUUCGAAAAGUAAUUUACCGAAAUUAUCGCAAGCAAAGAAAACAGCAACUGCUGAAAGACCGAAAUAUACUUUACCAUUAAGUCAGUCAGUGGAAAAAGAAAAACAAAAAUCGAAUUUCCCGAAAGCGCUUCAGGUAAACAAAAAUGCUGUUGCUACGGUAACAACGGCCGUAGAAAGCAAACAGGUGAAAAACCAAUUCUAUAACAGUGAAUUAAAUAAAACGAGAAAUAAACGAGUUUCAAGGGUCGGUACAGUGCAUAACAGAACGAGUUCUUCUAACCAACAAGACGGUGAUGGUUUCGCAACAUUUACAGAACUGUACCGAGAUUUUCCAGCAAAUUAUGCAUCGACAACAGUAGAUAGAAACGUUUGGGUUCAACCACCGCCAUACUGUAAUCCACCAUCACCCACAGCAUCACCCUCAUCGGCAACCAUAUACAAACAAAAGAACGUUUUGAUUGAAACUCAAAAGAAAAUUAGGUUUGACGACGAAGAUGAAAGUCUUCAGCAUAAGAAUCAUAUUGUUGUAGAUACAACCGUAUUUGGGGUUGAUUGUUGUACUCAGCAAAAUGCAAAUGAUUCGCAACAUCUUCGGAAUAAAUUUACUUUACCAAAAUUUGAACGCUCACCGAAACGUAGCGGAAAUCGGUCCUUUGCAUUGACAAAAACCGACUGCGAGACAAAUUACAAAAAGAACGGUAAUCGGGAAAUUUUACGAGCCAACGCAAACGAUUAUGUAAUGUUCAAUCCGACACGAAAGAAUUUCUCGAAAAUGAACUACGCAAAAGGUUCGCCCAACGACAUAAUGGCUAGGCCGGAAUUUUCGUCGAGUGUUUUUAAAAAUUUACCAGUUCGGCCACGUAAAGGAAUUCCGCACUUAGAAAACUAUUGUUUGUUCGAUCCGAGCACAGACUUUGUGAAUGAGAAAGAGAUUAAGAGAGUUCCAAUCAGUGACGACGAUUUAUUGGAAGUGGACGAGAACGAGUUUAUUGAAGAGAUAAUUUAUGAGGAUCACGACGCACUUGCGAUUAUAUCGGAUGACUGUGAUAUGAAUACAUAUUGCGGUCAUGUGGAAACUACAAGUGACGAAGCAACAACGUCUUCAGGUAGUCAGAGCACCAGCGAUAAUAUUAUCGAUUCGGUAAUAGAGUUAACAAAUGCGGACACAAUCGACACUAUCGAAGAAAAUGAUGAAGUCAACGGAAUUGCAGAACCAACAGUGUCACAAUCAAUUACGAAUGAAAAACCAUCACAAAAUCAAUCCCAUCGGCUCAGUGGUGUAACACACAAAAAACUAAGCUCACGAAAUGACAAAUUGUAUCGACAUUCAUCCCUGCCGACGUCUACAUCCACAAAAUUAAUUCGUCACAAGUACGAUGAAUCAUUCCUGCAUCAAUCCAAUAAAUUUUGCGAAAAUGUUGGAAUCGAAAAUCAAAUUGAAGUCAAUUUAUCACCCUCGAAAACGUCGACUGCCGAAGCAACGGUAAACGAGCAAAAAGAUACCCUUAAGCAAAGUGUUUCAUCACCUCAAUUGCAAAAUGUGUCAUACAAAUGUUCGAAUAAGGCAUUGCCCUUGAUCGAAUCGAACUACGUGCUUUUUUAUCCAGCGCCGGUGCAUAGUCGUAAUCAAUACAAAAUAAAGGCACCGAGACCCACAUCAACGCAUAGUGAUGCGGAUAGCGGAUUUUUGAGUCCUGCUACACCGGAUGGACUGACUGAAGUGAAGUUUGACCCACCCGUGCUGGUACUGCAACAAUGUGAUUCCAAUGAAGGUUUAUCUGAGAUCUAUACCGAUUGGGCCAAUCACUAUUUGGAACGAGCUAAAUCGAAGAAAAAGGUUGCCGAUUUAUCAGCAGAUUGUCGAGAUGGAUUAUUAUUGGCUGAAGUUAUCGAGGCUGUCACAACAUUCAAAGUACCUGAUUUAAUUAAGAAACCGAAAAGCCACCAACAAAUGUACGAUAACGUAAAUUCCUGUCUGAAAGUGUUGGCCGCAUCGAAUGUUGGUGGAUUAGAGGCAGUCACCACCACUGACAUCUGUACUGGUCGUUUGCAAGCUGUGUUAGCUUUAUUCUUUGCGCUCAGUCGAUACAAACAAGCUUCGAAGCAGAAGUCAGUGGUUUGUACAUCCGCUAAGCAGCAAAUCUACCAAAAUCAUACUCAGCAAACUCCGGUUGUUGUCAAUGCUACCAGCGAAAAUAAUAUGACGAAUCGACAAUUACCGGUGCCGUACUCAAAAGUCGGUGCUAAUGGCGGAACUGCAAUUCCUCUACCAGCCACUGUACUGGUGCAACGUCGUUGUCCGCCAGAUAAAGUGAGACCAUUACCGCCCACACCUGGUCAUUCACCAUCCGUACCUGGCUUAUCGAAAUCGAGUGGUGUUAAUUCAGAAGCAAAUAGCCGCCCAGCUAGUCCGCCUGGUAAUGGAACUCCCACGCAUAUUCCUAAAGGCAACAACAGCUUCCGGCCUGUCCAGGGAUGUAAAAUUCCUGCGAGCCCAUAUUCAGUACAGAAUAAUCCGGCUCACCUGACGAAUGGAAAUGUGGUUCAAAAUGGUCCAACGAAACAUUCAAUGCUGGACAAACUGAAGCUCUUCAACAAGGAAAAGUCAGAUCGAUCUUCGAAAACUCAGACUUCGAAGCGUACAAGUUCGAGUAGUGGAUUCUCAUCGGCUCGAAGCGAACGAAGCGAUUCUAGCCUAAGUCUAAAUGACGGGCAGCAACAACAGCUUCCGAAGUUAAUUAGCAGUAAGAAACCAGAUGUGAGCAGUGCCAAAUCAAAAUCGAAAUUGUUGUCGUCGAAGAGCGGCAGCAAAGAUUCGGUCUCAAGUAAAUCGAAAAGUGACAGAAAGGACAAAAGUCCAGCGAGAACCGAAGAGCCAGUAAGUGAAACGAAAAUUGUGCCGCCUCGAAUACAAAAAAUUCCGACCGUAAAAGUCGACUCGAAAAUCAAAUCGAUUCCUCCACCGAAAAAGCUAGAAACUCGUUCCGAAAGCAAAUCGAGUCUAUCACAAAUGCAAAUGAAACCGACACCACCUCCUACUAACUGUACAAAUAUUCCGAAACCCAUGGCAUUUAUCAAAGGUACGACCAAGCCAACGAUCAAAAUCGAACAGACGGAUGGCAAGCCUGACAAAAUGAACAUAUCCAAUCAGAACAUAUCGACAAGUCAAGACUCUUCCAAAUUUCAAAUUGUCGCUCCAAUAUCUGCCGUAGAAAAUCAAACAAUUCAUCACAUGCAUCAACAACUGCUUAACGGUCAGAACAUAUCAAUGACCGAUAGCAGUCAUUCGAAAUCUACUCACAGCUCGUCCACCGGUCUACAUUCGAACUCCAGUGAAUCAAGCGUCAUUUACCGACCGAGCUCUGAGUCCGGAUCGGAUGCUCUGUACAUUCGUUCAGCAAUGUCACCACUUCCUCCCAAUCAAAAUGUCAUACCAAAUCGAAAAAUCGACAAUUUCGAUCCACCGCAACCGAUGAUGACAAAUGAGAAAGCGCAGAAAUUCCAUACCGUUCCGUCAAAGAUGCUGCAUGGCAACGGCGUCAUAUUCGAAGAGGAACGACAAAUGACUGUGCUGCCGAUGAGACCACUAUUACGCGGUUACAACAGCCAUGUUACACUGCCAACCAGAGGCAUGAGAGGACAGAACAUGGUGUCAGAUUAUUGCGAAGACAUUGGACAAGGAUAUUGUAGCGAUGGCGAUGCGCUAAGGAAGAUUCCGUCAAGAUAUUCGGAUAUUGAGAAUGGAUACAUGUCCGAGGGGGGCAGUUGCGGUAUACAUGCGAAACAUAUGAGUAGCAUUAUGCGGACUAGGACACAAUUGCCGACGACCAUUGAAGAGAGAUGCCGUAGUAGUCGUGGUGAGAACUUAGAUUGCAUGGGUACGGUAACCAGUCCACACACGAUGGAAUUGAAUGGUUGCAAUCGUACACAACAACGUAACAGUAACCGUGAGAAUUGGGGCAAAAUACCGGAACAGCAAAAUGGUCACAAUCAUCAGUCACCAUCCAGUCCGACGUCAAGUCGCAAAGAUAAAGGCUCGCCAAGCCAUUCAAGACGCAGUACCUCGUCUUCGAAAAGUGGUCAAAGCCGCACCAAGGGUGUGCCACAAAGUUUCGGUUAUGUGAAACGAACAAAUGGAUCGGCAGCAGGCACUAUUACAGCUACAGAUGCUCAACAAGCAAUGAUGAUGAAUGGUGGCCGAACGGCACAUGUAUCUGCUGUACCCCGAUCGAACAAAGUCAAAGUAUCUGGAGGCACUCAGACCUGUACAGCCGAUCUGCAAUCGAAAAUUCCGCCAAAUACUCAACACCGAAGUUUCUCAUUGACCGGACCAGGUGCCGCACAACUGAGCCAAUCGAUCCGGGAACGAUUGUCAACCGGUUCGCAUAGUUUACCGAAACAAGCCUCUGAUUUACAUGUCUUCCAACAUAGAAUAUCGAACAGAGGAUCCGUCAAACUAACCGAUGGCAGUUUAUCGGACACACAAGCUUAUGCAGAAGUGAAGACUGACUACAGCAGCUAUGCGAUGUGGUUGAAACACAGUAACACGGCUUCUAGUCGCUUGUCCGAGGGGGAUUCAUUGGAGAGCUUAGGAAUCGGAUCGCCGCGUGGACAUAAGAUGAUGCACAGGGAAUCACCUUAUUCGAAUAGUCCACGCCUUAACCGAAGCAACAGCAUAAGCUAUCUGAAAGAAAGGACGUAUCCCAGAUCAACAAAAUCGGAGAAAAUGUAUCCAUCGAUGCUAUCACGCGGUCCUGAUGUGGAUAUCGAACCGUAUUACUGUUUACCCGUUGGAACAGUACCAUCGACGAAUCCAGUCGCUUGGAGUCAACCGACAUCACCUACUCCACCGAAUCGCGGUUUCGGUGGUCCACUAUCGCCCACUCAUGCUGGACAUCGACUAACAUAUCCUAAGAAAAACGAUGACGCUCACGGAAGUGCGGCAUCACUACUUUCGGGUGGUUCAUCUUUAUACGGUUCGGCAGAGGAAAGACAACUACACGAAGUGAGACGAUUAAAGCGAGAACUGGUUGAUGCACGUGAUCAAGUUAUGAGCCUUUCCAGCCAGUUGUCAACCAAUGCUCACGUUGUGGCGGCAUUUGAGCAAAGUCUAACGAACAUGACUCAGCGUCUACAACAGCUAUCUGCGACAGCCGACCGAAAGGAUGGUGAAUUGACUGAGAUGCGUCAAACCAUCGAACUACUUCGCAAGCAAUCGAUUCAAGCUGGACUGACUAGUGCUCAUAUGCAUAGUAUGAAUGAACAACCGAUUCGGCCUGCUGAAACGAUCCCAGCGCAACCACCGCCAACAUCUACAGAAAAUGCUCCACCAUCGACGGGAACAAUAGCCAUGCAGAGACAUUUGAGUUCGGAUUCGAUGUGCUCCUUGAAUUCGGUUAGUUCGGGAUGUUCUGCACAGGAUAAAAAGAAGAAGAAGGGUUGGUUACGAAGCUCUUUUACCAAAGCAUUCUCACGAAACGCCAAAAUAUCCAAAACUAAUCGCCAUCACAGUACUGCAAGUAAUUUAGAUCAUUUGUCGUCGGCAAAUUCAUCAGGAUUAGAUACGUCAGCAUUACCACCUCCAUCACCAUCUAGAAGUCCGCUGAAAAUGGUGACGGUAGUAGAAAACGCUAAACCUGCCGAUGCAGUCGAUUUGGAUGGAAAUCCAAUUGUUGAAGAUCUGAAGAAGCAGUUGCGCGAAAAAGAUUUGGUAUUAACUGACAUACGUCUGGAAGCAUUGAGUUCGGCUUCGCAGUUGGAAAGCCUAAAGGAUACCGUGUCAAAGAUGAGACAAGAAAUGAUGAACCUAAAGCAAAAUAACGAAAGGCUCCAAAAAUUAGUAACAAGUCGAUCGCUUGCCGGAAGUGAAGUGUCCCUUGGCGGGCCGAUUAGUCCAAGUGGUUCCAUGGGAGAACCACGAAGAUAUAGUUUAGCUGACGGCAAUUUACGACCGCCACUAGAAUUGCCAAAGAGUCUAGAAGAAACAGAAGAAGAGAACAUUCCACCCGCCCCAGCGCCCGAACCUCCACCUUUGAUACAAUCACCGUCAACACAUUCUGAACUCACCCCACCACCCACACUCGAUCAUAUGCCUGCAGCCGAUCACAUUUCAACGCCAGCUGACGACAUUGCCGAUCAUACGGAUGGAAAGAAAAUCGCCAUUUCCGUCUAUCUCGCUCAACCAGAAUCGUUUGCAAAAUACGCUGAAGAAGUCCACGAAUCAGACGAAUAUUACGCAAAUGAUGGACAAGACGAUGAGUUUGACAGCAAAAUUAAGUCACUCAAUGGUUCGAAUCGAAAUGAAUUUGUGAUAGCCUACACCUACAUCUCCGGCAAGACAACAUGGCAAAAUUUGGACUACAUCGUUCGAAAAACGUUCAAGGACUAUGUUGCUCGCAUUGAUCCCGGUACGAAUUUGGGACUAAAUACAGACUCCAUCACAUCGUAUCACUUGGGUGAGGCGAAACGAGGACCAGAGAUGGGUUUUCCCGAACUGUUGCCGUGCGGUUACAUCGUUGGCAACGUUAAGUCAUUGUACAUUUGUCUGCAAGGUGUUGGAAGUUUGGCCUUUGACUCAUUGAUUCCCAGGAGCAUCGUUCAUCGUUACAUUAGUUUGUUGACGGAGCAUCGGAGGCUAAUACUAUGCGGACCUAGUGGAACCGGCAAGUCUUAUUUAGCUAGAAAAUUGGCAGAAUUUUUAGUGGCUCGAUCGCAACGAGGAAAUCCAUCGGAGGCAAUCGCUACAUUUAACGUCGAUCAUAAGUCAUCAAAAGAACUUCGACAAUAUUUGGGUCAUAUAGCAGAGCAGGCUUCAAUGUCCAAUGGUGCUUCAGAAUUGCCGUCAGUAAUAAUUUUAGAUAAUUUACAUCAUGCGUCUGCACUCGGUGACGUGUUUCAAGUACUAUUAAGCGCUGGACCAGCCGCUAAACUGCCUUGUAUCAUUGGAACAAUGUCCCAAGCAACGUGCAAUACAACCAAUCUACAGUUGCAUCACAAUUUUCGAUGGGUUCUAACAGCAAAUCACAUGGAACCAGUCAAAGGUUUUCUAGCUAGAUUUUUGCGUCGUCGUCUGUACUCUCUCGAACUGUCGACACACAAUGUUCAGCCGCAAUUGGCUGCCGUUUUGGCCUGGCUUCCGACUGUGUGGCAACACAUUAAUCGCUUUCUGGAAACGCACAGUUCGUCUGACGUUACAAUAGGACCGCGACUGUUCCUCUCGUGUCCGCUAGACCUUAUCGAUUCGCAGGUUUGGUUCACCGACAUUUGGAACUAUCAUUUGGAACCGUACUUGGUGGAAGCGGUCAGAGAGGGUGUUCAGUUAUACGGAAGACGAGUUGGUGCUUGGGUUGAUCCGUCUACUUAUAUUCGUGAAACGUAUCCAUGGACAACUAGUGGUUCCGGAUCAAUUCCUCCGUUGAGAUUAAUAAAUGCCGAAGAUGUUGGAUUAGAAGGUGGUGUUACGGGUAAUUUGGAUUCUCAGGAUCCUUUGUUGAAUAUGUUGAUGCGACUACAAGAGGCCGCCAAUUAUAGUGGUAAUCAAGAGCAAGAGUCCGACUGUGCCAGUCUUGAUUCAAAUAUAACGCAAGAUAGUUCGGCUGGAGCGGAAUAGAGUGUGUGGCCGGAUGCCGGUUCGAAUGUGUAAGGCGAUCGAAAAUUAUAAAUUGCUAAAGUAAAGUAAA